GGAAGUCAGAACUAUUUAUUUAGCAGUUUACUUUCGGUUUGCUACUAAAAUGCUCAAUAGGAAAUAAAAGAAAAGUGACUGUGACUCAGCUCUUUCUGCAGAUGUGUCUCCUCUGGCUAGCAGCCAAUCACGUAGUUUUUUUUUUCCUACCUACUACUUUAACCGCAGGCACCAUCACACGCUGAAACUAUCCCGCCCAUAAGCGUCACUGAUUCAAAUUGCAGCCGAGGCAGAGGGAGAGAAAGCAGCAAGCCGGGCUGAGCACACUCACACACUCCGAGCAGACAGGCUGGCAGAGCAGCACGGAGCGAGUCACUCGCUGGAGAUUCUUCACACUGUCUUUUUUUUUUUUUUUUUUUUUGGGUGGGUGGGGAGGAAAUUUUACUUACAUGCGGACAACCGCGGAGCCCCCCAGGAUCUAACGAUGUGGACAGAGGUCGGAAAGCUCGUGCUAUUACAUCUGUUACUCCUGGACCUCCAUUGCGCUAAAGGAACUCACACGCAGUCAGAGUGUGAGACUGGGCAGUUUCAAUGCAAGAGCGGAGCGUGCAUCCCGAUCGUGUGGAGAUGUGAUGGAGAUGAUGACUGCCCCGACAGCAGCGAUGAGGAGAAUUGUCCGAAGAAGACGUGCGCAGCCACAGAUUUCACCUGUAAGAAUGGACAGUGUCUUCCUGCUAGGUGGCGCUGUGACGGAGAAGUAGAGUGCGCAGACGGUUCAGAUGAAGGCGAUUCAAUCUGCAGCCGACAGACCUGUCCUCCAGAGAAGUUUGAUUGCGGAGGGGCUGCCAGCAAAUGUGUUUCAUUGUCAUGGCGAUGCGACGGAGAGAGGGACUGCGAGAACGGGGCAGAUGAGGAGCAGUGCGCCGCGGAUGGCAAGGCCUGCCCCUCCAAAGACUUCCAGUGUCGUAACGGGAAAUGUGUGGCACCGAUCUUUGUGUGUGACGGAGACGACGACUGUGGGGACGCCAGCGAUGAGGAGAAAUGUUCGGCUCCCACCUGUGGGCAGCAUGAAUUCCGCUGCAACGACUCGGAGUGCAUCCCCGCCCUGUGGAGCUGUGACGGCGACCCCGACUGCAAGGACAAGUCAGACGAGUCCAUGGAGCGCUGCAGCCGGAGGACGGAGCCCCAGAAACCCCACUGUCUGGUGAGCGAGUUCCAGUGCGGGAGCGGCGAGUGUGUCCAUUUGAACUGGAAGUGUGACGGCGACCCCGACUGUAAGGAUAAAUCAGAUGAAGCAAACUGUCCACUGCUUACGUGCAGACCUGAUGAGUUCCAGUGUGGCGAUGGCUCCUGUAUUCACGGCACCAAGCAGUGUAAUAAAGUUCACGACUGUCCGGACUACAGUGAUGAAGCAGGUUGUGUCAACGUUACAAAAUGCGACGGGCCCAAAAAGUUCCGCUGUAAGAACGGGGAGUGUAUCGACAGCAGCAAGGUGUGCGAUAACGUGAAAGACUGCAAGGACUGGUCAGAUGAACCUGUGAAGGAGUGUGGCCUGAAUGAGUGUGCAGACAACAACGGUGGCUGCUCCCACAUCUGCAAGGACCAGAGAAUUGGUUAUGAGUGUGACUGCCCCUCUGGCUACAAACUCCUGGAUAAAAAGACGUGUGGAGACAUAGACGAAUGUGAGAACCCAGAUGCCUGCAGUCAGAUCUGCAUCAACUACAAAGGGGAUUACAAGUGUGAGUGCUAUGAAGGUUAUGAGAUGGACCCUGCCUCUAAGACCUGCAAAGCCGUAGGAAAGAGUCCGUACCUGCUGUUCACUAACCGUCAUGAAAUCCGUCGUAUUCACCUGCUGAAGAGUGAGUACACACAAGUGGUCCCUACACUGAAGAAUGCCGUGGCCCUGGAUGUGGACGUGUCCACUAACAAGAUGUUCUGGUGUGAUCUGUAUCAUCAGAAAAUAUACAGCGCUUACAUCAACAAGGCCAGUGACUCAUCACAGCAGGUGACGCUCAUCGAUUCGCUCCACUCCCCGGAGGGCCUUGCUGUCGACUGGGUCCACAAGAACAUCUACUGGACGGACUCAGGCAAUAAGAGCAUAUCUGUCGCUACGGGAGAUGGCAGGAAAAGAAAAAUGCUCAUAACCACCGAGCUGAACGAGCCACGAGCCAUCGCUGUGGAUCCGCACCAAGGGUUUAUGUACUGGUCAGACUGGGGAGGUCAGGCCAAAAUUGAGAAGGCUGGGAUGAAUGGAGUGGAUAGACAAAUUUUGGUGUCUGAACACAUUGAAUGGCCCAAUGGAAUAACUCUAGACUUGUCCAACAGACGACUUUACUGGGUGGACUCCAAGCUGCACCUGCUGUCCAGCGUGGAUUUCAAUGGUGACAACCGCAAAGUGCUGCUCUCCUCGCAUCACCACCUGGGCCAUCCCUUUGCCCUCACUGUCUUUGAGGAUCGCGUGUAUUGGACAGACUUGGAAGAUGAAGCGAUAUACAGCGCCAACCGACUGACGGGACACGAUGUGGCCAAGGUCGCAGAGGACCUUAACAACCCCCUGGACCUGGUGGUGUUUCAUGAACAGAGGCAGCCCAAGGGUCCCGAUACCUGUAAUAUGGGCACACUGCCUAAUGGUGGCUGCGAGUACCUCUGCCUGAAGGCGCCUCAGAUCACAGACCACUCCCCCAAGUACACCUGCGCCUGUCCUGACGGCAUGGAGCUAGGACCAGACAUGAGACGCUGCGCGAUCAUUCGACCCCGAACAACCACGACAUCUGCCCCCACCACAACCACAACUUCCACGACGACCACCACAACAAGCACAACAACAACAACUCCCACAACCGUUGCCACGACCACAACGCCCUCUACCACCACCACCACCACCACCUCUGCUACUACCACAUUACCACCCACAGCCAAGACUACAACACCAGCCCCUCCUCAGACCACCAGGAGCGGCAGAAUCACAGAGCACCCUCGGACUCCCGCCGCUACCAGUACAGAGACGACCAGUUUGAGCAGCACUAGUCAGAAGUCCACGUCCACGCACACCCCCUUAUUGGCUGCCGUGGCUCCCAACAGCAUUCAGAAAGAGAGCAAUGCCAACCUCUCCCACAGAGCUGCGAGUGAUCACUACCUCAUAGGUAACAACAUCACAGUAGCUGUUCUGGGGAUAGUCAUUCCUAUCGUCCCUAUCCUUGCCACAGUGGUCAUCGGAUUGCUCUGCACUGGUGGAUACCUGGUCUGGCGCAACUGGCGGCGCAAGAACACCAAGAGCAUGAACUUCGACAACCCGGUGUACCGCAAAACCACAGAGGAUGACGACGACGAAAUCCACAUCGGGCGUCAGAGCGAGUCCAUCGGUCACGUCUACCCAGCACGCGUGGCACUCAGUCUGGAGGAUGAUGGCUAUCCCUGAGGGAGGAGGGGGAUGCAGCCUGCACCCCUGCGCUCCCAUACUGGCCCCCUCCUCUCACAGCCUCUAGACCACUACAAUGAGGCCAGUACAACGCAGAGGAGAAAAGAAAAGGAGACCUCAUUUUGCCUCCCCGUUUUUAAAGAGCAGGGAUGACAUGUACACCUGUUAAAUCCCACCUCCAUCUCCUACCGUCUCCACUGGAGUAAUACUACUACCAUUAUUAGCUACUACUACUACUAUUAGUUUAGUAGCCUCUGCUCCACUCCUCUCUUCUCUCUGCCUCUUGUUAGCACCAGUGCUGCUCAAAAUGCUGCUUGAUGAUGAUAUUGUCCAUACUAACCUCAUUCAGCUGUCUCAGUGCACUUUGUAAAUAAAAGGAUUUCUGGCUGCCGUGCAAGCAGGAGAAGGCGGCGUGCAUCAUUUUAAAUUCCUCGUGCUUUCACUGUAUUUAUUUCUGUUGCGUUUGCUGUUGUAAAUAUGUGACCAGCACCUCUCAGUGCACAGCACGAAAGACAAGUUUGGAAGGAUGGUGCAGUACAGUGGCAAGCAAGGACGCUGUAUUUCUUCAUUGUCAUGUAAGGAGACCUUUUUGAAGGGGUUUGUUGCAGGGGGGUGUCAUCCUUUUUCACACCUAGUCCCUCAAAUUUGCCCUUUCACUUACUGUAAAGCUAAAUAUAGCCAAGGAGAGGAAAACUGAUGGGGUCGUCGUACAUUUAGAGGUGAUUUUGGGGAUAAAGGAGACUUUUUCUUUCUUUUUUUUUCCCUUUGCAAUUGGAGGGUUUGUGCUACCAGAGGGUAGUGCCUCAAGGCUGAAAGCAGCAGGGUAGAAAAGGCAAAGGAUUAUGGGUAAUCCCCUGGCCUCUGCCAUCAGAGGUGUACAUACAGUCAAUAAUGAACUUGGGAUUGUUUUCCUGUUUGCACUGAGUAGCAAGAAUCCCACAUGUGUUUCUGAGUCUUCAUUUGCAUCUGCCAGCGUCAAUAUUCUAGCAGCGAGAACAUAUUCUUUUGAAUUGAUGCAGGGAAUUGGAUGUUAAAUAGUUGUUUAGUGAUCGGAUUUAAAAACAUGUAAGUGCAUGCUGAACUUGCUGUAUAGGAAUUCUGGAGGAAAUGAAGAGUGAGAUGACAAGCUCAUCACAGCAAGAAAACACAGAGGUGUUUGACUUUGAGUGACCCCUUAAACAUCAGUCCCAGCUGGAGUUUUUUGUUUGUUUGAUUUUUGGGAUGAGGUGGGGUGGGGGGCUACCUUUACUCCCCCUUUUUAACAAUGCAGCUGUGUGUUUUCUGGAUGUGAUGCUGUAUUUCUUAUGUCUUGUCACCGUCUCUGUGCGGUGCGCAGAUGAGUAACACACCGAGGCCAACUGAGCUGAGCGCUGAUUUGAAAAAUGGGACCUGAUCUUCCUUGACUUGCUUCGAACCAGCUUCCAGCCUAUUGAAUCAGUUGCGAUUCAUGCCAAUGAAUAUUGUAAUAAUUGCUCAUCUUGUGCUGGAAUAGGGAAUCACUAGAGGCCGCGAUGACAGAAUAGCAGAACUGUUACAAGUAGUCGAGGCAAAUUGCCAGCGUUCUUAUUCAGGACAUCGUUUAGUGUCCUAAUUGAAAAUUUGACAGUUUUAAGCACAGUUAAAACACAUUAUAUACUCUGUAAGGCAGUUUUGGAUGGUCUAAACUAUAAAUACAUGAAACACUCGUCUUCCAUUCUUGCCUAAUGAAUCUGAUCAAUGCUGCAUGUAAGAUCCUACAUAUUGGACUAGUAAAUCCAAUAUGACUAAAUAACACACACACACACACAAAAGUUCCCAAUGCAAAUGUUAAAGUCUUCCAUCCUAGACUCAGUACGGUCUCAGAUUAUGUAUUCAUGCAACAGUUGAUUAAUGACGGUUAUUAUUCAUGGAUUUCACUAUUUCUUGGAAGGCUUAGCUUCAGCGAGAAGCUCAGAUAACCACGAGGGAGGAACAGAAAGGCAAGGAAAACAAAGAUGAAAGGUGGUGUAGGGCUUGACUGCCAGAAUUUAUACGCCGCCAUAUGUGAGCAGGUUUGUACUUGGAAGAUGAACGGUGGGUCGUUUGUUUUCCCGGAUUUCUGCCAGUGUUGGCAUCGCCGUAUUCUGACAGUCGCUCCUCUCGCCUCCCUCGAAAGGAUGGCACUCUCUCCUCUCAGUUUAUGAAGCACAGUUGUGUGAACUGUGUGUGACAAGUAGCAAGCUAGACAGGUAAAUUGUAGUCCUCUCCAGCAGCGCGCUCCCCCUACAUCCAUCUAACGGAGGAGGAUCGAGCGCAAGGGGGAGGCCAUCUCCCUUCAUCUUCACCUUGUACAGAUGAAGCAAAAUGUAAUGCACUGCACAGUGGGGAAGAUUGGGACUCCACUCAGCAUGACGUUAGACUGGUUUGUUAGUUUCCACCAGUGACUGCUUUUUAGGCCUUUAAGAAUUGACAUAUAUUGAACAGAUUUGACUAAACACUAAAAACAAUGAUGUAGAUUAGCCACUGCAGUUUUCAUGCGUAUAGGAUCCAGUUCCCAAAGGAGAGAUUAGGUAGUGAUGGAAAAAUCUGGAUGUAAGCUAUAUUUGUGAAUUUAAGAUUAAAUAAAUCACAGCUUCCUGAGCUGAGUCAGCUCUGCGUGCCAACACUUUCCUUCAUGUCCAUGUUUGCUUCAGGUCUAAUCGAGUUCCAUGCUGUAGGUGGGGGGUGCAGGUAGGAGAAUAAAUUGCUUAUUUAUUGAGGUGUAGGAAACUUAUUAUGGCUACAGUGUGAAGACAGAUUGGCUGGUCCACUGUGUGGUCACCUCAAGAACAUUCGUCUAUUCUGAAGGUCAUUGAAAGAAGUCCGGAACAGUUCUUUGUCUGUAACUAUUCAAGGUAGUAAUUGUAGUGGCAAUGGAGGGCUUACUGUGACCAUAGGCUCUCUAGACAUCUGCUUCACUGUUGUUCCAUAUUUACAAGACUAUUAAGGGACUAACCACUGGUGUGAUGUCGGCUAUAUCAGCUUUUUUCCUCUAGGUCAGAUAAGCUUAGAGUGCACUGGGUCACUAUUUGUUUUUUAGUUCAGUGUUGAUCUAGUAAUCGCUGCUUUAGAGAACAAAGUGCAACAUUAUAAACGAUACUGUGAGUUCUUUAACAAUUAAUGGGGAAAUAUACUGCACUAAAAUGAACUUUUUCCUUGUAGACUGUGUUUACUGAAUUGAAAAUGUUGAUGUACGUCUAAAAAUGUCUCGCUAGUAAACUUGAAAUCUUUGAGAAAAAUGAGUUGGUCUUGGCAUUGUUGUGUUGUAUGGAUUUCUGAGUUACUGGAACUCACUACCUUUUGUUGAAGGAAGAAAACAGGGUACAUUUGUUCUGGUGAAGUGAACGCUUUGCUAUUUUACUUUUAGCACAGAAUCAAUGCUGUCACCUAGAAAUGACAUUUAUAUGGUACUUAAUACUAAAAUGUUAUCUGAAAGGUCGAUUUUAUUGGUUGAUGUUGCAUAGUUUGUCCACUAGAGGGCGCGUCGCAACUUCCCUGUUGGCGGUAAUGCCACACACGCAACAAGCAGCAGAUCCAAACAACAUCAGGCAGUGUGUAAAUGAGUAAACAACUACAUAUCAGCUGAUAUGAGUUUAUCAAAUUUAAAUCAGCAAUUUUGACUAUUAGUUUUAAGAAUUCUAUAUCGUUCAGACGCUUGUAGAUGCUAGGUUGUUUUGUCUUUUUGUUUUGUUUGUCUUUGAAGGAGAAUACAUUAUGCUUAUAUACCACGCCCAACCAGAAUUGGCAAUCAGAUGUUCAAGGUGAACAGAUGGCAUACAAAACAACAGAAGAGCUAUUUUCCUUUCUGUUUUAGAGCUUUUAGUUGACUGCUGCUCAAACAGCUCUCACCUACAGUCCAAAUAGAAACCAGAGCUAAUAUUUACAUAUAUCAUAUCAGAACUAUAUAAAAGGACUAACAUGGUCCCUUUAUAUGUAUAGAGGCCUACAGCUACUACAUAUAAAAUGUGUUGCUAGAGACUGUGUUUUGCUUCAGUGUAGUUUCUAGGUGACAGGAUUGAAAUGAAUAUAAGUUGUUAUUUUAUGUAGAAUGCAUACUGUUUACACCAGCAAAAGCAUAUGUAUAGGCAUAUUUAUAAUAUUUAACUCCUUGAUAUUUAACUCUAUUUAACUCGUUCACUGAUUGAGAAAACAAAUAUUCAGAACAAUCCCAAUGGACACCUUAGGUGCAUAAACUGUGCAAAUUGUUACUAAAUCGAGGGAGGAAGUUGUUGCUUGUUAUCAGCAUAAAUAGUAAAUACUAACAGUCCUGAUAACCCCGAUGCAGUCUUCCUGAUCUGUGCUCUCCAUUUUAUCGUACUGUUGCUUGUCUUUUCCUUUUCUGAGCGGAGACCUUACGUUGCUUUAACCACAAUGCUCUUCUCACAUCGCUCCACCGCUUCAUCUCCUCGAGCACUGUAUCAAAUGUAAUUCCAACUGUGAGUUUUAAAGUGUUUCUUUGGCUGUCGCACUGUUGAAUUUUAGCUUCGAGGGCAAAGUCCACGCUGUUGUUUCUGUGCACUCUCAUUCGCUUGCAACCCUCUCAUCUUCAUCUCACCCAUGAACAUCUUUCCUUUGGCAAGGGCUCUCAGUCUUUGGGUAGACAGGCACACAGUGGAAGAAUUAAAGAAAAAGAAAACACUGGAGGAAAUAACCUGAAACAACAACAAAAAUAAUAAGGAAGUCCCCAGAGAUAGAAAGAAAAAUGUGAACCAGCAAACCGGUGAACAAUCACACUCAGCUUGGAGAAGCGGCCUCCCCCUUGAGCUACAGUUUUGGACUGUGGAAGGAACCCUCAGUGACUCUACUUGGAUGGCACUUAGCUUUUGUUGACCCAGUGACUUUCCUCGAUACACUGACUCCUCUUUUUGUUAUGUGGGGAGGUUUUUUUUUUGGACUGUGUAAGUGAGUUGUAGUUGUUACUCUCCUCCUUUCUCUGUCUCUCCCUCUCUAUCUCCUCACCAGACUAUUUCUAGUUUCAUGUGUAAUCUACUUGAUGUUUGAUUACUUGAAGGGGCAGCGUUCAGUUGCCUAGAUUUUUGGGCACUCUGUGUAAAAUGAAGGCUUUCGGGAAAGAAGGUGAUCUUUGUGUAAAUCUUUUCAUGGCUCGGGAUGAUGAUGAUGAUAUGUACAGGGGGAACGUUUUGAUACGUUUUUAUGGUCCUUCCACAGUCAAACAAGAUGAAGAAAUUGAAAGAAAAUCUAAGGCUCCAGAUUUUUAUUUUUUUUGCAAAACUGUCCACCUACAUUUUCUCAGAAAUCUUGCUGAUAUGUCUUUGUCUGCAAGGAAAGAUAAAAAAAAAGAAAAGGAAAAGGAAAAAAAAAACAUUCGGGCCUCUAACCAUUCCUCAGCCAUAAGACAGGCAUUUUUUCUUUAUGCUGUUUGUUGCACAAAACUUUUCAAAAAGCCUUCUGCACUGUGUAAAGAAAUAACGUUCUUUGUAAGGGAGGAAAUAAAAGUGUGGUGGGGUUGGGGCUCGAGGGGGGUGUCCAGUGGUACAGUCCAGUGGUUUUGAAUCCUGACUUGUAAAUAAUACGUUUUCAUACUGCAGAAAUCUUUUGAUAAUGUUUUAAAUGUAUCUGUAAAAACAACAACAGCGGCAAAAAAACGGAGAAAAAAGAUGUACAUAAACUUCUGGGGUAAAAGGAGUGUAGACGAUGUAUGAAUUUAUUUGUACACACGAGCACUGGAUUUCUUUACUACUUGAUUGUAACUAAAAUUUAAUAAUCUGCCAAAGUGUUCCUGUAUUACUUUCACUUCCAUUUGUUCGUUUCUGUUUUACUUUCCUGCUUUUUAACAGCAAUGCGGAUUUUUAGAGUUUCCACUGUAUUUAAUUCUGUUUAAAUUUAAUUCGUCUUUUGUUAGUUUGGUUU